AUGUGGAGGAUCAACUGGAAAUUACUCAAUACCGAAGUUAUUUCUCCAAAGAAGAAAACCCUCACAAUUGAUAUUCAGGAUGAGGAAGAUUCUGAAGAAUACGAAGAAAUACCAGAUGUUCCCAAGGAUGUUUACUUAAAAGCAGUUCAAGAAUAUGUUGCUGAAAAAGCAAGAAUACACUCUCGAGUCUUAAACUCUAUGGGACUGGAGCAGGGUGGAAAUAGCGAUGAACUUUGCCUUGAAAACCCUGGGGUGCACUCCACCUUCAAACCGAGUACAAAGAACAUUGGGAAGAAGCAGGAAUGUAACUUUCUCUCAGACCAGGACAAUCAGGCGGGGUGCCACAACUCUCCACCAUUACAGUUUGCUCAACCAAAUAAGGCUGAAUAA